CUGAAGCCAGACAGGCUGAGAAAACUUGUGACCAACGCAGCAGCAGCAGCAGCAGCAGCAGAGACAGCCAGCAGCGAGAUAUAAAGUGGACCGGAGCGACUCCACAGUCCUCCUGCAAUCUCUUCACCUCCCUCAGACAACAUGGACUGCGGAAUCUUUACGUCCAAGACCGUCCUCCUCUUCCUCAGCUUGGUGUUUUGGGCUGCAGGAGCCGCGUUGGCCUAUGUCGGUGCCUAUAUGCUCAGAAGCUAUGACAGCUUCGACCACUUCAUUCAAGACAAGUACACAUUGAUCCCGGCAGCUAUCAUCAUCGGCGUCAGUGUGGUGAUGUUCAUUUUUGGUCUGGUGGGAUGCUGCGCCACACUCCGGGAGUCCAAAGUCGGCCUUAGCUUUUUCUUUCUGAUCAUCAUGCUGAUAUUUGCAGCUGAAGUGGCUGCUUUGGUCUUUAGCUUCAUCUACCGAGGCAAGAUAAGUGGAGACUUGGAGCGCUCGAUGAAUGAUGUCUUCAUGAAGUAUGAUGGACAGAAUGCUGAGACCAGAGCUGUGGACUACCUGCAGACAGAGAUGCAGUGCUGUGGUGUCAGAAAUUACACCAGCUGGUCCAACACGACCUGGUUUACCAGCCACAACAACACAGUGCCUCUGUCCUGCUGUAAAAACCAUACCUCCACACAGUGCACUGGCAGACUGGAUCAACCGGACCUGCUCAAUGUAGAGGGUUGUGAGGCCAAGCUGAAUACCUUCCUACAGGGUGUGCUGGGUUACGCCAUGCUGGUCAUUCUGGGCUUUGCAGUCAUCAAGUUCUUUGGGAUGCUGAGCGUAUGUGUGAUCACCUGUAAAACUGGCGGCCGGAGGAGUGGCUACCAGCCUCUCUAUGCCUGAACCACUUCCUGCAUCCACCUACCACCUCCUACUUUUGAUUGACUAGGUUUGCUGACUGCUUACAAGGCAGUUUACAGAAGCAUCCAGGGCGAUCAUUGUACAAAGUUUUAUUUAAAUAAUGGCAUAUACAGUAUUCACGUGGGGCAAACCUUGUCUCGGUCUGAAGGAGAUCAUACCGGAGCAUUCUUCCACAGAGGAAAUCUGUGUAAAAGUGUUCCUCUGACUUCUUAAAUCAUCUUUCAACUUUGAGAUAUUGUCUAAAUGUUAUGAUUUUUAUGAUAAAGUUUCCAUAUGGUUACUGUAGGUUCAACUUUGGCCUUCCUUUGGCAGAACACACGUAACAUAGCAUAGAAAGUAAAUAAUAGAAAAUGUUGAUCCCUGUUGGAUUUUAUUUGCUGAAAGCUCUUACUCUCCAAAGCAGCUGUUUGUUUCUAAUGCUGACUGUCAACCUAGUGCAGCUGCCAUCACAUCACAGGAGAGAAAAGGUGACAGGAAAGAAAAACAUUUUGAACAUUCAGGCUUCAACGUGUAAAUCUUGCCUAGCCUUCUCACUCUCCUGCAUCAUGUAGAUAUUCUUUUAAAGAACAUUUUCUUUGUAGGUAAUAUAAUGAAGAUCUUCAAGUUAUAUUUUAAGCUUUUUGUGAUUGUGAACACAAGGACAGCGGUUUAAUGCCUAAUUUAGGCAUACAUAUAGAAAAUGUUAUGGUCAGUUACAACUGUAUUGAAUUAAGUUGCAGUUCAAUAGUUUGACUUUGGUUGUGUUUAUUAUGUUUCUAAAUUAAACAGGUGAAUAUUUCCCAA